AUGGAUUAUUCAGCCUCAAAAUCCGUGACCAUCGUCACCGCUGUAUACGCCAGUGUUUUAUUGCUACUCCUUUUUGCUGGUUUCAGACUGGCUUUUCAUCCUUUGGCAAAAUAUCCUGGGCCUCUUAUAUCCAAGCUCACUGGCGGUUAUGCUGGAUUCCACGCGAUCAAGAAAGACUUGCAUCUCGUCACGUACCGCGACCAUCUCAAAUAUGGCCCUGUUUACAGGCAGAGUCCAAAUCGCCUGGUGUUUAACUCUGUCGAGGCGCUUCACGACAUCUAUGCCAACCCGCAUGUGACCAAGGCAGACUCGUACAAAUACACCCGCAUGCGCAACAAGACAAGCCUUUUCAAUGCGCUGGAGAAGAAAGAUCACAGGCGUAGGCGGAGCAUCAUCGGCCACGUCAUUUCCGAACAGUCUAUGCGCAAGUUUGAGCCCACCAUGAUGAGCCAGGUCGACAUCUUUCUCGAGCAGCUGCUGCUGACAAGUCAGCACACCGAAACUGUCAAUAUGACGCCGAGAUUCCAACGCCUCGCCAUUGACAUCAUCUGUCUUCUCGGUUUCGGCUACUCCAUGCGCUCCCAGGCCGAGGAAAAGAUGCGGUUCGUGGGCGAGGCCAUGAACGCCGUUAGCGCCCGUUUGCAUAUUUUCAUGACGUGGUCGGUUUUUGCCUGGCUUGACCCUGGCAUCCAAUUCAUCUUCAAAUCGAGGAUAGACCGGCUGCGGGACGCUCUUGGUAAUAUGAUUGAGGAGCGCAUGGCAAAGCCCAAGGAUGCCGUCUAUGACCUCCUAUCCAUCACUAGCGAUGCCACUAUUCAUGCAGCCGAGCAGGAAGGUCUUCGUGGCAGUGAGUUGUGGGCCGAGGCUGGCAUUUUCUUCACAGCAGGGGGUUCUACGACAGCCACAGCUCUGUCUUCUGCCUUCUUUUACCUCUCGCGACACCCAGCUGCCUACGAAACCCUCGCCUCGGAAGUUCGCACCACUUUCAAGUCCGCGUCUGAUAUCCGAGGUGGGCCCAAGUUGACGGGGUGUAAGUAUCUGCGAGCAGUGAUUGAUGAGACGAUGCGCAUGUCUCCCCCAUCGCUCGGAACUCCAUGGCGUCAGGAAGACCCGAUGCUGCCCAAAUCCAAGCCUUUCGUGGUCGACGGUCACGAGAUUCCUCCAGGCACUGUUGUCGGCGUCAACACAUAUUGCAUCCAUCACAACGACAAGUAUUUCCCUGACUCCUUUUCAUUCCGCCCAGAUCGCUGGUUGGAGAAGGAGGGAGAAACAGUGCAAGAAACGAAGGCGCGUGCCACUAUGCGACGGGCCUUUGCCCCCUUUUCUGUGGGAGAGCGUAGCUGCGCAGGGAAGGCCAUGGCUUAUCUUGAAUUGAACCUGACCCUGGCCAAGACUUUAUGGUACUUUGAUUUCGAGAAGACGACUGGGAGGGACGGUCAACUGGGAGCUGGAAAGCCAGGCGCAGCACUUGGGAGGCACAGGCCGGGUGAGUAUCAACUCUAUGAUAUCUUCACUGCCGAUCACGAUGGGCCCAAUCUCGUCUUUAAGACACGGGAGGAGUAUUGGCGGGAACUGGUCAGCCAUGUGGAGGCAGAAUAA